AAAAAACGAUAAUAAUGAUAAUUCAUUACUUCCGACUGUCAAGUUUUAUAUGGAACUGAACCCAGGUGAACAAGUUGUAUGGUUACCUUGUUUAAAUUGGACACGAAAACUUUAUUCUCUAAUAGCUCGGCAGGAAAUGUUUCUCUUUCAAAGUACAUUUUUUUCGGUUAUUGGCGGAGCUUAUUCUGCACUUGGAAGAUAUAAUAAAGAACAUGCAGAAAAAGCCAAACAUCUCGCACGUAACCAAAUCAUAUUGGCUAAAAAAUUACGAGAUCCAGUGUUAGAAUGUAAAUGUUGGAUUUAUUACGCUGAAGGCUUGAUUCAGCUUGGAAAAUUUAAAAAAUCUGCACUUAUAAUCGAACGACAGGAAAAAAUUGUGGCGGAUAUGCUUAAAAGUGAUGAAACACUAUUGAAUAUGUGUGAGAGUGCUAAAUUGAAACUAAUGGCAAAUUCUACAAAAAAUUAUAAUUCGAGAGGGUCUUAA